GAGCCAUGGCGACCGAAAGCAAUUCAAGCCGCAGACAUGGCCGACGCAGCCUCCGACCACAGCAGCCGCCACAUCGUCCUGGUUCACGGAACUUGCCACGGCGCCUGGUCGUGGCACAGGGUCACCACCCGCCUCCGCUCUGCCGGACACCGCGUUACCGCGCUGGACCUCGCCGCCUCCGGAGUCGACGAGCGCCGCUUCGCCGACUACAACCAGCCGCUGGUCGACGUCCUCGCCUCGUUCCCUACGCGCGUCCUCCUCGUCGACCACAGCCUCGGGGGCCUCAACGUCGCCCUCACCACGGACAAAUUCCCCGACAAGGUCGCCGCCGGCGUCUUCGUCACAGCCCUUCUGCCGGACACUCUUCAUCCCCCCUCUUACGUCUACUGCAAGCUUAAACUGGAUGAUCCAACCAUGCCAUUCUGGUUGGACACGCGAUCUGGGGACGAGGAAAAGGGUCCUCUGUCGCUGCUAUUCGGCCCCAAGUUCAUGUCCGUCCUUUACAGCCGUUGUUCGCCGGAGAUUUUGAUGGAGGACUCGACUCUGGCCGUGGCUCUGGCGAGGCCUUCUUCCCUGUUCGUGAAGGAUUUGUCGUCGACGUCGCCGCUCUCCGAGUCAGGGCUACGGCUCGUUGGCGAAGGUGUUCGUCGUGUGUGCGGGAAGGACGAGGCGCUGCCGGAAUUCUCCCAGCGGUGGAUGAUCUAGAAUUUCCCGGUGGAGGAGGUGAAGGUGAUGGAGGCUGACCACAUGCCGAUGCUGUCGUCGCCGGAGGAGCUGAGCCAGAUCAUCUUGGAGAUUGCUGAGUGUGUUUACUUUGCGGCCUAAUAAAUUUAAUAAAUACUAAUAUUUUUUAUCUAAUUUAUAUGUUUUACUAUUAAAUGAAUAAAAAUAAGAUUAAUCAAGUAUAGGCAUUCAAAUAUUUUAUUAUUAUAUUAUUUGUAUAAUCUUUUUAAAUUUUAAAUGAGAUAAA